CACACAUCCUCUCUCCGAAACCAGGGUGCUCUGUUGCUGUUGCAAUGAUUUUCGGGGCCAAUGUUCAACUGUACAGGAGCACUAAGCCAAAUCCUCCACCAUCAUCAUGUUUUCAUCAGCGCAGGGGGAGGAAGCGAGGGAGGGAGGGCUGAAUGCGAGGCAAAGUGGGGGGAGAGAUAGACACACGGGGCCUAGUCGCCACAUCUUUUCACGCGAAGAAGCUGCGCCGUUAAACCACCCGUUUUUGGUUUCCCAACCCGACUCCGGCCCGGGCCUCAGUCCGCGGUCUCGAGUUUGACACUGAGCUGUUGGAGACGCAGGAACGCCGGCUUGACGCUGCCAAGCAGCCCCUGCGCCCCAACCACCACCAUGGGAGACAGCAGAGAUUCUUGCAGUCCAGACAGUUCGUCUGUGUCUUCCCCUCCCUCGGGCCAGCGCUCCCCGCCGCUGGUUCCCUCAGCAGCUUCCAUGACUUCACUGCCACCCAUCACCACCACAGGGGUCAACAGCCCCAUCAGUAGUAUUGGUUCACCCUUUUCUGUUAUUAGCUCAUCACUGGACUCACCCUGCCUACCUGGCACACCUUCAGUGGGAUAUGGCCCAAUUAGCAGCCCCCAGAUUAACUCAACAGUGACCAUGUCAGGGCUCCAUGCAGUGAGCAGCUCCGAUGAUGUGAAACCUCCUCUUGGCUUGAAGCAGCUGUCUGCCCACAGCCCAGGGCCGAUGCUUUCCCAGAAACGCCUUUGUUCCAUCUGUGGAGACAGAUCUUCUGGUAAGCACUAUGGCGUCUACAGCUGUGAGGGCUGUAAAGGCUUCUUCAAGAGAACAGUGCGAAAAGACCUUACCUACACCUGUCGGGACAAUAAAGACUGCACAGUUGAUAAAAGACAGAGGAACCGCUGCCAGUACUGCCGCUAUCAGAAAUGCCUGGCGAUGGGAAUGAAGAGAGAAGUGGCCAAGAUGAACGACAGAUCUGUGCAGGAGGAGCGGCAGAGAAACAAGGAGCGCGAAGGUGAGGUGGAGUCGACCAGCGCAGUGAACGAGGAGAUGCCGGUGGAGAAGAUUUUGGAAGCUGAGAUGGCUGUCGAGCAAAAGACGGAGCUUCAUGCAGAUGGAAGUUCAGACGGAAGCUCUCCCAACGAUCCGGUUACCAACAUCUGUCAGGCAGCAGACAAGCAGCUCUUCACUCUGGUGGAGUGGGCCAAGAGGAUCCCUCACUUCUCUGAGCUUCCUCUGGAUGACCAGGUCAUCUUGCUCCGCGCAGGCUGGAAUGAGCUCCUGAUUGCGUCCUUCUCCCAUCGCUCCAUCUCGGUGAAGGACGGCAUUUUACUGGCCACUGGCCUGCAUGUCCACAGGAACAGCGCCCACAGCGCAGGGGUCGGAGCCAUAUUCGACAGGGCGAACAAUGCUGAGGUUGGGGCCCUAUUUGACAGGGUUCUGACAGAGCUUGUAAGCAAAAUGAGAGAUAUGCAGAUGGACAAGUCAGAGCUGGGCUGCCUUCGAGCUAUCAUCCUCUUUAACCCAGAUGCCAAGGGUUUGUCCAAUCCCAGUGAGGUGGAGCUUCUGCGAGAAAGAGUUUAUGCAUCACUUGAAGCGUACUGCAAACAAAAAUACCCUGACCAGCAGGGCAGGUUUGCCAAGCUCCUCCUCCGACUCCCAGCACUGCGCUCCAUCGGUCUAAAGUGCUUGGAGCAUCUUUUCUUCUUCAAACUGAUUGGUGACACGCCCAUUGACACCUUUCUGAUGGAGAUGCUCGAGGCGCCUCACCAGCUGACUUAAGGGAGCCGCGUUCAGACCGGUCAGGAUCCGACGCACACCAGGAUUACCAACACGGCCUCCAGCGUCUGCUCGCUGGCUCCCCCGGCUGGGCCUCGCUAAACUGCAGCACCCGCUGGUUUUAUUCUGCCAGCUUUUACACCCAAACACACACACACACACACAUUUCCCAUCACCAUACACUUCAUUAUGUGUUCACAGACAUACGGUCACACAUGCACCUGCAGUUCUCCGAAACGAGAUACCUGAACUGAAAAAAGAAACAAAUACACAGAAAAAGCUUGAAUUUAAUAAUUGCUAAUGCUCACACACACACGCAUGGAUUUUCACUAUUGUUUCCCAUCCUCAGUUUUAUUUUACAGGAGUGUUGACUCAAGAAAUGAUCCCACAUGUACAAGAAAAAAUGUCUUAAUUUAAAUUAGACCUUAGUUUUCACAUCUUCAUCUCACAGUUGCACUUUGCUUCUGCAUAACUGGUGGUUUCCUUUUCUUUCCACUUUGGUUGCUUACAGUUGCUGCUCACUGCACCUCUGUCUCUUAUAUUCAUAACUAGCUGGUUGGUUAUUUGUAUGAUUUUAGCUGAAGAUCAGGUGCAAAGCAUUUGAAUCAACUGUCCAGCGUCAAAACAAAAUCUCCUUUUAAGGACUUGAAAACGCAUCAUCAAAGCGAUUUUAUUCAAUCGGUUAAACAUAGAAAUAUUGUUUUUUUAAAUAGUCAUGCUGAAACUUGUUUGAGUUUCUAUUUUGAAGUACUGUACUCAUGAAAUGAGCGCUUUUUAAGACAUUGAAAUCCAGGAAAAGGGGGCUGGGUGUGCUUUGUUUAACAAGCAAAGCCCCUCCAACCCUGAUGCGCACACCGGGCUUUGUAAGAAAGGAAGAAUGACUUGAAUAAUUUGUUUCUUUUAUUUUUAAGUUGAGAUUUUAUCUCUACUUCGGCAGAUGUUUGGCAUUUUAAGACGCUUGAAGCCUACAGGAAGUAAAGCUUCACAAAAAGAUAAAAGUACUUUUUUUCUCUUUUAUCUUCUGUUCCCCGAACCAGACCCCUUUUCUCUUCUCUUCUCUUCUCUGGUGGUCAUUUAUGCACUUUGUGAGUUGUAAUUGUGUAAAUGUUCCUGUUCCCUAAAAAUGAUCAUCUCUUCCAAACACCUAAGAUGAACUUGAAGGUACUAAGUGUAGGGUUUUCUCAUUAUUGCAUACUUUUUAACCUUAUGUGUUUAACCCGGUGAGUGAUCGCUGAGUUUCAGUGCAGAUGUUAGUGAAGCAGCCUUGUGCUUAAACAGUCUUGAUGAGAGUCUGCACUAAUGACCAGCACAGAUUUGAUCCAGUGGCCAUGAAAGAUGAAAUCAUUCUCUGUGCCCUGAAAGUAAUCAUGUGGAUAAUUGGACAGCUUGUGUCUGAGUGUGUGGCCUUCUGGUCAGCAAGUCAGUGAGGAAAUAAAUGUGUCUGACCUUUGACUGUUGAAGUGACGCUUAGGAUGUUUGAAUUGAAUCGACGUGACUCCACUCCGCUCUGUUCUUUUUAGAAACGAGUUGCUGGAAGCUUUGCAAUGAAGCAUCAGUGGAGUUGGAAAAUGAAAACAAGCUGAAAUGAUGUGACAGUGGAAAAAGUUUUGAAUGAAUUACAUAGGAUCCUCUUGAGUUGUGUUGCAAUAAUGAAAUCCCUUUAUGCUCGACAGUAUCAUGGAAAUCCUACACCUACUACCUGUGGAUUUGGACGUUUUGCUGCGUUGCUGGCUUGAAUCUUUUUGUACAAUAGCUGUAAAUAAUACCAAAAAACAAACAGAGAAGUCAUGCAGAAACGAUGACCUGCUCACACUUGUGAAAUACGUGGCUUCAAGAAACUUAAAGCUCUAUUUUUUGCUGUUUAUGAAACGUCCCGUUUUUAUCUCUUGAAAUCACGAAAACAUGAAACUGACCAGGGCCAAAACCACAACUCAUUGCUGCUUUUUUUGCACCAGCUUCUGCCAGUUUAUUCCUGUCGUUCCCAGUAACUGAUUGGCUGGAUAUUUGUAUUUAUUCUUUUGACAUUAGCUAUUGACAUUUACUGUGAUUGAAAUUUGUGAAGAACAGAAUUGGUAAAAAAGUCAAAUGCAGCUACAAAGUGUUUAGAAGAAAACCCUCCACACACCCUUGAAUGUGAGCAAUACUGGGAAACACAGAUUUACUUCCUUUUCUGGCAGUCAUGUAUUUAAAUUUAAAAAAAAGUGUUGACAUUCUGAAGUAUAUUUAACCGCCUCCUUAGCCAAUAUUUAAUAGAAAUGAGAACAUUUUGCAGAGUCAUUCUAGUGAAGAGGUACAGCUGUCUUCUUCCAGGUGCUAAAUCAUCCAUGGUCUUUUGAAGACCUGCACAUUCACAUCAAUGCAAAUACAGUAUGCAAGACCACAGACAAAUCAACCAUUCUCCCACUCUAUUAGAGCCAUUCUGAUCUCAUCAGCUUUGUUGUAGAUUUUAAGUUGUGAUUUCCAGCUAUGUUCUAGUAGAGUUUGGCUCUGCCAGCCAGAAUCAGACCCGGUUUCAGAGACAAACGGAGGAAGCUGUAGGGUUCUGCCAUCGAGAGACGUUGUUAGCGUCCAGCCCAGCAGAUGACCCUGGUGUUCCUCAGAGAGGGCGUUCGGCCCCCACGUCAGUGUGAUGCUGUGGCUGAACUGUGAGGCAGGUGAUUUAUUUUAAUCAUGGGAGAAAGUUGACGUAACUAUAACCUUGUUUCAGUUUCCUUCCAUCUCUGCAUACGGUUGGUCAAAUUAGUAGCGUUUCUAUUAUUUGCAGAAAAAGUCAGCAUUUUAUGCAACAUUGCUGACUUGGAUUGUUGGCAAAAGGAAAGCGAGACGAAGGUGAACUUAUGAGUUAGGUGACCUUCCAGCCUUUUUUACUGUGUAGUAUAGAAUCAGUGCUUCAGUGGUGUGAGAAUAUGAGCUGAUGCAGGUUUUGAGUGAGACUGAUUCUGUAGCUGCUGAGCUUUUAGAUCUGUGAUCUAGAUUAGAAACAGUCGGACUGAGGACAGAACUCGAGGAACCCAAAACGAGCGUCUCUUUAUGUCUCCUCAGUCAGAGGUGAAGCUGACUGUUGGAUCACUGCUUGCAUGAGUUCUCUCCUCUGACCGUUUGAAUCUUUUUCUUUCAGAGCUUCCUCUCUUGAAUGUUUGAGCCUUCUGCUACUGCACAGCGUUCAUAACCAGGGAUGAAAACAGUGAUGAGCUGAAGGCAAACUAUUUAACACGACUCAGAUGAUUAAACAGUUAUUCUGCAACAUUUGCAUUAUGUUUCUGACUGUUACAUGAUAUUAAUUUGGAGUAAUUUACAUUUCUCAUCUCUCCGUACGACAUGUUUGUUUUGCUCUCUGUAUUUUUGUUAUCCAGCUGAGAGCUUAGCUUUGAGUGAUUUAUAAUCAUAAAGUAUAAAAGCUAUAGACUCAGUGCAGGUUCUUAAGCUAAGUUACUUCCAGCUUCGCAGAGCUGGUGGUUGAGCGUUUAUCAAAUAAUGUGUGGCCAUGUUUUUAUGCAUUUGUUCAUUAAUCUGCAGCUUCACGUUUUGACUGGCAGAAACUGUAACUUUGGCUGUGAUGUGCUGAGCAUUGUUGGGUGAAAUAGCGGGUUGUUGGAAGUAUAUUUGAAUUUUAAGUUGGUAUAUUGACCUGAAGCUUUAUCACAACAACCCGGCUUCCUGGAGUCGUUUUGCCCCACCUCAGCUGCCGUAGCUACAGCUUCACUCACCCGCUUUGACUUUGCCUGGGAAUAUAUAGACUUGCAGCUUAAACCUCUGGUUGUUGGACUGCUUGAGGAUGUGAAGCUUUUUCUUUGACGGGAAAGUGUUGUGAAGAGGAUUCAGAGCCGCGUGUCUCUCUUUGCUUACGUUACUUGACGGCAGAGCUGCGAUGAUCCGCGUGAGACCGCCGCAUCGCACCGCCCUGCCCCGCCCACAAAUGUUUGUCAUUGCAAGUGUGCACUCAAGGCAGGCGCAUGCUGCCACCUUUUGUAGACUGUGUAGCAGCAUUGCUGUCGCCAUCUUUGUUACAUUUUGAAACUUGUUGUGUUUUUAUGAGUAAAGAUUUUAAUUAAAUACUUUUUUUAAACAGAUGGCAUGAUCUGACUGAAAUUGAAGGUCCUGCGUCAAUUGGACACGAGGGUGGCGCUGUUGCAUGUCUUCUGGAGCCAAGGCUGGUUUAAUCAGAGAAGUUCAGUGUGAGCUAUGCAGCUUUCAAACUCACCACCCUCACAGUUUUCAAUCACUGCCAAGCUGUCUGCAGCCAUCUCCAAUGUAGGGCCACUUAGUCCUUGUCAUGUGUGUAAAUCGUGAUUCUUGUGCAGCACAGUGAAGACGGUGCGCUAACGUUAGCCUAAGUAGUGCGUUUCUGAACAGAGAGCCUGAUAGGAAUGGAAAUAGCAGCUUGUGUGGAGAGAGCGGACCUGAGAGACGUAGAGCAGGGUGUGGACCCCUCUGGGUGCUAAAGAUGAUCAUUUGGUGCUUUUUAUAGGGCCCUACAACCUGGCAGCAUACAAAUGAGUGAAAUAGAAAUAAGGAACAAUUGACAGGGAGAGGCUAACCCUGGACCUGAUCUUCUCUGAUACGUUGGUGUUGUGAAUAUUGUUGGGAACUGAAACCUGUCAGAGAAGCAGAGAGAAACCCCCCACCAAGAUGUUUCUAAUGAAGGAACCUGACAGGAAGGACUGGUUGGAUAUAGCAGCUCUCCUGGAGGAUGAGGGGGUUUACUGCUUGGAUUUAUGGAGCUCUGAUCAGAAACGAGGGAGAAAACGGGGCACGGACUUAAAUAACUUGGAUCAAGUGUUCAGUUAUUGAUUGAGAGAGAAAAAAAACUAUUUUCCAGUAGAUCUAGGAUCUUCCUUAAUCGUUUACUCUCCAUCUUAAAAACUUUCACACAAUACUUCUUUGUCUUGUUUCUCGUCUCAAUCUACUCUGACUAUGCUCUCCACCUUUUCUUUAUUACAAAGUAUUAAACAAAUGCAAGAACUGACAACAAAAAAAUCAGAACUGAAUUUGUCACUCUUCUGUUUGAUUUGUCUGUUUCUCUCUCUUGUGUCUGUUCUCUGUCCUGUUUGUAUUCUACUCCAUUUUACUCAUGGAGAUGAUUGACUAUUGUGUGCUUUGGGGAUUGAAAGAAGAAAAAGAUAUAAAUAAUAUUUUUUUGUUCAGUCAUUAAUUCUGAAUCUUGUUUCUGUUUGUUGUAUCAUGUCUGAGUAAAAGUUUUAAUACUGUAA